UUCAUUUACUAAUUUAUGCAGUCUCGAAGGUACAGCGUCCAUGGACUCUAUUCGUGACGAACUGAAUUAUUUCCACCGCACAAACGACUCUUUUAAUCGCGGACAUCACUUCGUCUCCACUGUCGACGACGACAGAGAAGAAGUAGAUGAAAUUCGACAACAUGUCCGUAGUGCAAUGAAAGAAGCGAGGCGAAAGAUGGCGAAUUUACGUCGCGAUGCCGAAGAAAAGGAUAAACUUUUGACAGAAGAGCAGAGACUAAGGCAACAACUGGAAAGAGAAUUAUCAGAGAAAUCAGAAGAGUUAUUGAGAGAGAAAUCUAGAAGUCUUAUGAAGGAUGGAAGAGGAAGCCAGGAACCAAGAUAUUCAUCUCCCCUUCACUUCAGUCUUGAUUACAGUGGAAGUUCUUUACUGAACAGUGGUGAAUUAGAGGCUUCAAGGUCACUAAACUCCCAACUUACAGAAAAGCUAGCAAAUGCAGAAGCUGAGAUACAAGCAACAAAGAUGACACGUGAUGGCUUGUUGAUGCAGGCCGAGUCAAGAAUAGCAUCUCAAGGAGCAGCACUUGUUGAUAAAAUCUACAGAGCACAAAAAGAGAGGGAUGUUGCUGUUAAUGCCAGACUAAGGCAAGCCAAGGAAGAGAAGGAGGACUUGCUGGCUACAAUGCGUAGAUUGGAGAAAGAGCAAGCUGGAUUUGAUUCGGGAGUGGAUUCAGUGUACGAUGAUGAAGAUGCCGAUCAGGUUAGAUUACGUACCGAAUGUAGUUGUAAUUGUAGUGGUUUGCAUCAUGCUUGGGAAAUACUCUCUUUGAAUGACUGGAAGUCAAUAAAAGAAUUGCUUAACAGACUGACGGUUUCCGAAAGCCCCCGUUCUAUCGACAAGCAAGGUACAGUAAUGGCGGAUAAACUGAAAUCAGCUCAAAAAACACACCAGCGAGCAAUAGCAGAGGAGCUAAAAACAGUCCUAGAAGAACGAGACCAAGCUCUAUCAAAAGUCAAAGCGCUGGAAGAAGAAGUGGAAAAAUUACACAAGGAAUUAAAAAUGUUGAAAAAUCAAUUUAAACUGGCAGAAAAACACCGCAUCAAGACAACCCAGGCGCAACUGUUAUCUUCUCAACACGAGCGAGACGCGUCUUUGCGGAAAACGAAACGUCUGGAGGAAGAACUUGAAACGAUACGCGUCUAUUACAGCCUUCACAGAUCCUUGAGUCAGGAACAAAAUCUCCGUGACCAGUUCAACAGUACAAUGGACGGCUUUGAGAAUCGUAURCGCAUGCGUGAAGGGGAACUCGUUCUCGCUCAGCGCUCCUAUGAUGACCUGGUCAGCAAACUUCGCUCCGUUUCCUCCGAGAGAAGUACACUUGCUGAACAAGUGUAUGAAAUAAACAAGAAAUACCAGAAGGAGAAAGAGAGAGCUGACAAACUUGAGAGGCUGGUUGGUGUGCUUAGGAAACGUAUCAACGCAGGAGCAGGAGCAAGUGUAGAGACGAUCAAUUAAACAGUCUUGAGUAACGCGCCGAAAGAUAUUUGCGUUGCAUCUAUUAAGCAGCCUUGGACAUGUUUCUGACGAAUGUGGGGAACGUCUUGUAACUCGUUCCCCUUCCAUCGCCUUCUUCCUUCCGGCUCUAUCCAUCAAUCCCACCCUCCCACACCCACAACUCCUCCCCCUCCCCCUCCCUCCUCACCCAUUACUUUUCCUUCCAUAUAUUUUGUAUAAUUAUUUUGUCAAUAAUUAUACUGAGCUACGUGCGUGAAGCGCAAAUACAUGCCUCUAACUUUGGAAUGGAAAUGAUCAAAUGAUGACAGCUAUUCAGUCAUAAUAUAACCCUCAAAUAAAGCUCACGACUGUCGAGCGCAACAAGCUUACGUCACGAUUUGCUUCGUGUACAUCGACCAGACAACAUUCUUACGACUGUAAAUGGCAGCCGUAAAACUUGGCGUGAGCAUGUUGUGCAUUACAGUUGUGAGGAAAAAUCGUACCGUGUAAAUCGGAUAUAGUUUUCUAUAUACUGCUAUGCGUUUUCAAUAGAGCGUUUUCACGUGACGUCAAAGCGGCCAUUAUGGGGUACCAAAACAAUACAUUUUCUAUCCUCCGGGAAUUGAACUCUAUUUUUAUGCAAAUACUAUGCAGAAAGUUUCUAUUGUUUAUGGCUGUCUUCUCACGUGAGUGCAAACGCUCUAUAUCAUCUCAGUCUGCCAAAAGAAUUCUAGCCAAUCAGCUCACAUAAUAUAGGUGUAUUAUUAUCCAUAUUCUAUAUCUACUCAAUUGUAUCAAUUAAUAUAUAUUUGUGAUUAUGAAAGAUAUGUCUAUAGAUAUUGUCACAUGAGUGAAUUCCAAUAAUUUAAUAUUAGCUAAUAAUAUAUUCUCACAUCUGCCUCGUAGAAUUUGUUGACUAAAGCUUCACUUUUAAAUUUUGUAUAAAGCGAUCAAAUCAAUUGUAACGA